CCCUGGCCGCUGCCCCGGGUGCUCGGCUGCUGCGCGGGGCUCCCCUUAGCAUCUCCCCCAGACCCACGCCUUAGCCCCCGGGUGACCCCCCAUCCCCAGGAUCAUCCUCGUCCCCACGACCCUUCGUGGGGCUCCGGGCCCCCACACUGUACAUCCCACCCGUCUCACCCCACUCAGCUGCCAGCCUCCUCCCCGCAUCCCUCAUUCCACUCCUUUUCCCCGGGACCCCCGGAGCCGCUGUGCACCCCAGUCCAAGCCCUUCACCCCACUGUGCAGCCGCUAACCCCCCCAAGCCCGGCGCCUCCAUCCCACACCCCGCUCCGCUCCCCUCUCCCCCCAGGGCUGCAGGCAGCGCCCGCGGCGGCGGAGGCCGGUCCCCGGGCCGGGACACACCCACCCGCCCGCCCUCCGUUUUUCCCUCGCUCCCUCCCUCACUCCCUCCCUCCGCCCGCGCUCCUCGCUCACUCCUUCCCCCUCGCCCGCUCCCGCUUCCCGCGGCGCUCGGCCUCCCGCUCCGCCUCCCAGUGCGCGGCUCUCCCGGGCGCGGCUCCGGGGUUCAUGGUGACGAGGCGGCGGCCGCUCCAGCCCAUCCGCGGCGGCGGCGGCCGGCGAGAGCGGGGGCGCGGGCCCCGGCUGCCUCUCCCGGAGCGCGGGGCCGCGCGGCGGGCGCGCCCAGGCGGCGGCGGCGAGCGCCCCCCGGGCCCGCGGCCGCGCGCCCCCCGCGCCGCGCCCCCGCGCGCCAGGCUUGCGGGGGGCCGGGCCGGCGAUCGGCCGCCACGCCGCGCACCCAUGGACUGCCCGGCCAUCAUCACCCAGGUGACCAACCCCAAGGAGGACGAAGGCCGGGCGCCCGGCGCGGGCGAGAAAGCAUCCCAGUGCAAUGUCAGCUUAAAGAAGCAGAGGAGCCGUAGCAUCCUUAGCUCCUUCUUCUGCUGCUUCCGUGAUUAUAAUGUGGAGGUCCCGCCGGCCAGCAGUCCCAGUGUGCUGCCGCCACUGGUGGAGGAGAAUGGCGGACUGCAGAAGCCACCAGCUAAAUUCCUCCUUCCAGAGGUGACGGUGCUUGACUAUGGAAAGAAAUGUGUGGUCAUUGAUCUCGAUGAAACAUUGGUGCACAGUUCAUUUAAGCCUAUUAGUAAUGCUGAUUUUAUUGUUCCGGUUGAAAUCGAUGGAACUAUACAUCAGGUGUACGUGCUAAAGCGGCCACAUGUGGACGAGUUCCUUCAGAGGAUGGGGCAGCUCUUUGAGUGUGUGCUCUUCACUGCCAGCUUGGCCAAGUAUGCAGACCCUGUGGCUGACCUGCUAGACCGCUGGGGUGUAUUCCGGGCCCGGCUCUUCAGAGAAUCCUGCGUUUUCCAUCGCGGGAACUACGUGAAGGACCUGAGUCGUCUUGGACGGGAGCUGAGCAAAGUGAUCAUCGUGGACAAUUCUCCUGCCUCGUAUAUCUUCCAUCCUGAGAAUGCAGUGCCUGUGCAAUCCUGGUUUGAUGACAUGGCCGACACGGAACUGCUGGACCUCAUCCCCUUCUUUGAGGGCCUGAGCCGGGAAGACGACGUGUACAGCAUGCUGCACAGACUCUGCAAUAGGUAGCCCCGGCCCCUGCCCGCCUCUCGCCUGCGCACGCUGGGACUUACGACCUUGGAGACCCACCUAGCCUCUGCUUUCCGGAAGCCGGAAGUGAGGACAUUUUGUGCUCUAGGCCAUAGGGUGAAUGUGGCCAUACCUGCCUGUUUCAUUUUUUUUAAGAACAGAAACAACUAUUUUACAGAAAAAGAAAAAGAACUCUUUUAACGAUUUUCACAAGGGACAUGCAUUUUACUGGAUUCACUUUUCUUAAAACAUACCAAAAAAAGAAAAAAAAAAAUGUAGGGGGUGGGGUUAACAAAAAGCUUGAUAUCUCCCGGACUUCCUUCAGCUGUCCUCCCCUCCAAGUAGACAACCUAUCCCAUUUUGUCCCAGCUCAGAGCAGCUGACCCAAUUCAGAAUCUCUUUCCUACAGGAUGAAGUGCCUUUUUGAAUGUUAUUUUAAGCUGAGAGUUAAUUUUUCUACGCAACCUAUUUCCAGACAUCUUCUAGUCUUGUAUUGUCUUAGAUUAAGCUCUAAGAAGAUAAAUAUGACCGUUUUUCUAAAAUCUGCGGGGGGGGGGGGGGGGUGAGGGGUGGGAGUGAAUCUUAGGAGUCUGCCUCCUAACAAGUAUGGCUGCCCUGAUGGCCUGUGGCAAACAGCAGGGGCAGGGGUUUUCUGGCUGUAGGUGUCUCCAUUCUCUUCACAUCCAGUUUGGAAUGUAUCUGCAAUUGUAUAGCUCAACCCUUGAGGAGACAAUAGAUUCUUUCACCCUAUUAUUUCUGACAGGUGACAAAUUUGUCUGGAGGCUACAUUCCCCCCCCCUUUGAAAGGUGGCACCAGGUCACUUCUGCUUUCACACGACUGCCAUACUUCUGUGUGUUUUUGUGUUAUUGUUGUUGUUGUUGUUUUGGGUUAGAGCAGUUACAAGAAACCCUAAAGCCCUUCAGGAUAUAUAGAUAGGUAGAUAUCUAUCUAUCUAUCUAUGUAUAUAUAUGAGACUUUUGUUUAUUUUAUCGAAUUUUAAAUCUUUCCAAAAGUUGGAUACACAUGUUUGGGAAUCUCUUUGCUGCUACUGUGCUGCCACCAAAUGGAAUUGACCAGCGGCUGUUACACUGUUCUUUGCCACUGUGCCUAUGCUCAGAAUCUGCUCACUGCUAAGCUGCACACCUGGACAAGGUCAGAAACACAGGCGUCCUGCCCGACUCCAGACCACUCCAGCUAUAUCCCUUCCCUGGCGCCAGCCAUGGGAAUCCCUAUGGGGAUAAAGGCAAAGGGGCCGGCACAGCACACCAAUGAGGCGUGAAUCUGGAACUGCAGUCACCAUCAGAUCCUGUGAUCAGUUGACUAUCCUCUCUUGAGAACCUCUGGCCUCAACCAGCCACCACACCGAUGUGACCCAAGUCCAUCUCUUGCUCUUCUCUUUUGAAGCACAGCCUGUUUCUGUCUAGGUGUGGAACUUCAUUUCUCCUAGCCAGGGAGAGUGAGGACUCCCUCUCUCUGCUGUCCAAGCUAGGGCUCCCUGUGCAGCCUUGCCCAGUGAGAUGUUUUAAGCAGUGCCAUGUUCCUUGUCGGGCAACAAGAUAGACGAUAAAGUAUUGCUUUUAAUAAUAAUUUAAAAGAACCCUUUCAUGUUGGCACCAUUGCCUUAAUCCUCUGUGGAUUGGGCCUCUGGCAGAGUUCUGUUAGGAGUGACGGGCACUACAAAAGACUGGAAAUUGGAGGGGGGGUUGUCAAUGUCAAAUUUCAUUUCUUUGCUCUGACUCACAAAAUAAUGAAGCCAGCUGCCCAUCAUGACCUCCCAACAGCACUUUGGUCUGAUGGCCAGGCAUUUGGGAGAGAGGAAAAUCUUCAAAGGAACCAGGUCUCCUGACAUGCUAAGUGUUUGGAACCCAGUAAUUCACAUGCCAGUGGACAUAGAAGCAGUCCCUUGGCGGGCGUUGCCACCAAUCCUAACAGCUCUACCCGCAGAUGCACACACGCCAUCAACCCUGAUUUGGAAGACCAGUCAUUUAACGAACCUGCUGCCUUAAAUGUAUUGAAUGUUACAGUCAAGUGUCUGCCGAUGUGUUAAAUCCACACAGGCCUAGUGAGAGCCUUCACUCCUCAGCUUCACCCCCUUCUUUGUUGGCAUUAUAAUCUCUGGAAUAGGGGGCAAAGAGUAUUGGAAUUCUAGAAUAUUUCGGGGAGGGGGGCUAGAUCUAAAAAUUGUAACCCUCUUCUGAAAGGUGAAGGCACUUGGUAGGCUUGAGCCAGACAGUUCAUCUAGUUGUUCCUUAGACCGUGAGCACCCUUGCACUGAUACAGUGUGGAGCUGUUGGUGGGGGUGAGGGGUUGAGUUCCAGUUCCUGCCACCACAGACACAGAAUGUCAUGGGAGGGCCAGCAGACCCUCUGAGAGGUCUGUGCACCUUAUCUAGCCACACUCCAAAAUUUCAAUUUUUUUGUUUUGUUUUAAGCCUCAAUUCUGUGUUAUGUACCUAAUCAAAAUGCCAAUGUCUAUGUCUAUUUUUUUAACCGUCUACAUGUAAAUUAAGCAAUAGAAUUCUAAUCUUAAGGCCAAGAAAUGAGACGAACACUUGGGGGUUUCUUUUUUUUUCUUUUUUUAAGGUCAAUACGGGUAUUGCUUUUAAUUAUUACCUAUUAUUACACCGUGGGCUUUAAACCUAAGGAAACGUGUUAACUAUCUCUCUGUGCCAUACCUUUCCGCAUAUUACCAAAAUACCCCUCAACUUUUUAGCCAAAAAGAGACGUCUGACCUCCUGAAUUUUCAUGGUCCUUUCUGUACCAGGUUAAAAUGCAGUCUCCUGGAUAAGGAUUGAAACAGAAUGUUGGGGUUCAUGAACCCUGACCCCUGCAUGCUAGGAUAUCUCUGGCCACCCCUUGGGUAGAGGUGCACCCACACGCACCUGAUGUUAUUACUACUCUGCUAUUCUGUCUUCCAUUGCUCUGGCACCGUACGUGUUGGUCUGUGAUUUCACCCAUUAGCUGUUUGUGAACAAAGCGUUUGUACACUGAAAAGGAACACCACCUGUCACGGCUGAUGGUUGGUGGAGAAGCUCCUUUGACAAGGUGCAGUUUUGAGGAAGAGACACAGGUGUCCUACUGACACUGACUUGUCGUGGUUGACAGUGUCUGAACUUUGGGUAUACAGAAGAAAUCUGAAGUCUGUUGCCUGGCAACAUUUGACCACCCUGUAUUUUUACAGAUGGCUGUCUAAUAAAAACCACACAGCCCUAUGGUCAAACACUCAUGACGUUUGUGCCUCUGCUUUCUAAAGGUGCUGUGAUGGACAGUUGGCAUGCCAGGGUCUGAGGAGAAUGGGUGGCUUGAAGUGUUUGCAGUUACCUGUGCAAAAAUGUCUGGCUGCCUCUGCUCCUAUUUUACUGUAAAUCAGAUGAUAUCUUGUUCCUGUUCCAUUCUCCAGGGAGCUUCUCUGCAAACUAACAUCCACCCCCAAUGUGUGCGCGCGCGCGCACACACACACACACACACACACACAAACACACACACACCCUUCCCCAUGUAGUGGAGAUGCUGGUGUCUCGAUAGUCAAAAAGAUUUCCGUUGAACCUUUGAAUGUGAGAAACAGCCCAGCACUGCUUGGGAAAUACUAUGUGAGAAAAAUCUGCACGUUUCCAGGGGCGAGCGUUGUUGGUCAAAGAGGUUUGCAGUGAUUUCCUUCCUGCCAAAAAUAAACACGUGAAACUUCA